AUGCUCAGAAACGUUCGGGCCGCAUCCGGUUUGCGUUACCGAGGUCUGACUAGUGAGUGCGAUCCGCUUUUUAUUUAGGGAUUGCACUACUGUCUGCUUUUUAAAUCCAUUCGAACACCAACUUCAGCGUUCUUCGACCUCGUGUCUCAGAACGUUUGAGGUAAGUUCUUUCUCAAAGAAUAAAUAUCCCUUAACCCGACUUUUAAUUUUUGAAGUUUGCAGAUAUUCCACCGUGGACUUGAUCUCUUGAAAUAUACUGGACUCGGUUGCAACCCAACCGGUUGUUCAUGAUAAAUUCGUUCUAAGAUUGGUCAGUCACACAUUCUUUUUCCUUGCAAUGAAAAGAAAAAAACAGUCUUGUUUACGCUAAGUUGAAAAAAUUAUCUAUUUCUAGGUGAAAGUGAAUUCAAAAUGUUAUGAUUCGGACAACCACCCAAUAUUAUGGACUAUAUCGCAGCGAGAGUAACGCUAUAUCGCGGAAGAUCAGCGAGCGAUAUCGCUCGUCUCUCCUGCGGCCAACGUCUUGCGCUUCAUCGCUGUCUGAUUUGAUCCACUUCAUCAUAAAAGUUAAAAAUGAAGCAAAAAUGUUAAUUUCAAAGUUAUGAGAGGAAGCGAUGUGGCAGCGAGUCUUUGACGAAGUCGCAGCGAUAUGUUGACGAGAUCGCAGAAAGAAGCCUUGGCUAUAUAAUAUUGCCUGCGACCCGCAAUCCUGUGAUGGUUUUUUUUUAAAAGCCUAGAUUUUUAACUAAAUUGUUUUCAGAAAAGUUACUAACUCGAAAAUGACGACCUUCUUAAAAGAUCUCGACUUUUUUUGAAUUUGAACGAAAAAAAUAAGCCCAGAAAGAGAGUAAUUUGAAAAAGUUAAAAACCUCAUCAAAAUUCAAAUAAUCUAUAAAAACUUUUCAUGAAAAUAACAAGACCCGCAACCCCAAAAAAAUUUCAAUCAAGAUUUAUUCGACUCGUAUAUACAUCCAAUAAAAAUAUGAUGAUAUUUAUUGUUCGCUGACAGGCAAAAUUUUGUGGCGUGCGGGUAGAAAAACGAAAAGUUAUAUUUGCCUCCACUUCUCCACUUUCAUUUUUUUUAAAGACUGUUUUAAGUCGAAUCGAAUUUUUUUUCAAUAUUGACUCUAAAAGUACAAGUGACUAAGCAUUUUUAAUUGAACCGUUUGACUCUCAAUGAAAAAGGGGAACUUUGGCACUUUUAACUUUUAAUUCAAAUCAUUUUUUACACCCCAGGCAUCUUUAAAUCUCUCACUUUCCAUUUUUCGCUUUUUUUUUCUCUACUUUCAAGUCUCUAAGAACUGUUUUGUUUAAUCAGGCGGAGACUAAGCGGAAAGCUCACGAAACAUUUUUUGACAUAAAACAAGAAGGAAGAACUAAAGAUUAGAAUCUCUUCAAACCGCUUUUUAGCUUGAAUUGCCCUCGUGAAUUUUUCGAGUAUCCAGUUUUUUCUUUUUUCCAAUCUUCAAAAAUCUAAUUUUAAUGACCGAUAUUAACCGCGGUUUGUAGAUCAAAAAAGGUGUUGACACGGGUUGACCUGGCUCCGAUGCGAGCCCGUGGCAAGUCGGUCGCAGAUAAUUCCUUGUCGGCCAACAACAAACGCUGUUUACCUCAUUGAUCUAGUUAGCACCUAUUAUAUCAUCUUCGGCGACUUUUGUAGGCGUCUUUUAAAUAGUGGUCCGAACCAGAACUACCUUCAAGGGUUUUCGACAUUUACUCAGCUAACUAGGGUAAGGUUGGUCAUUACGAGUAAUCAGAAACAGAAAUAAGAACUAAACCGCAAUCGAGCGCCUUCGGCGAGCAACUAGCGGCGGGGCUAGGUGGUCAUGGUUUGCACCAUUUUUACCGACUGUUUUUUUUCCUGGCAAUUUUUUCAAAUAUUUCCAUAAAAAAUUUUUAAAAAAACAGUUUUCCAUCAAACUUCUAAUGUCAAUUUUUUGAAUCUGGAAAAAAUAGUUGCGAAUUCCGUUGGAAAAUGUUAAUGAACAUGUCCAGAACGAUAGAACAAGAUUGUUAGAUUAAGCAGAAAAACAACGGUUGUUGUACAAACAUAUGUAAAAUUUGUUAAAACGAAUUUAUUGCUAUGGCAAUUAAAGAAGACUGAAACAGUCCCCAGGCGAACAGUUCUCUAUGGUAUUUCAGACUUCAGUGCCUAAAAAAGGAACAAGGUUUUUGAAUAAUAGAUGUUUCAGUUGAUAUCGAACAACUGAGAGCUGAGAAAAAUUUUCAGUCGAGUGUUGGUCUUGCGACAUUGAGUCAGAAACACGGUGGAGGCUACUGUAGGAUGUCGGCGGGAAAUCGGACGAACAGUUGGCGACGUGCCGCCGAUGAUGGAUGACAAAGGGGCCGCUCAAAGCAUGUUGUGCAAGCUUAUUGUGCUCCAUUGCACAACCCAGGGGUCCUCGGACGGCCUUUUGCGGUUUCGCUUGUAUCCAAGGACAACUUCUCGAGUUGAUGGUGUACUUGCACAAAAGAAAAAGUUGUUUUUGACACUAAAAUUGAGUCGAAAAUUUGAAGAACUUCCUUUCAGCUUCAAUUUUUGUUUUUGGAAUAGUUCUUAUUAAUAUUUAUAGUUCUUAUUAAUAUAAAUAAAACUUCUGUGUAAUUUAAAGAAUCAAGACUUUCAAACGAAAAAAACGCUCUCUUUACUUCGAGAAGCUCGUUUCUGGUUAAAUUGGACCUUAUUGUAUGAACAGUAAAGAAUAUGGUUUUGGAACGUUCAAUACUUUUUUUCUCAUUAAAAAUUAAUAACUAGAAAGGUCACAGUUGGAAGCGAUCUUUAACGAGGUGAACAAAAAAAGCCUACAUGAAACUCCAAUAUUUGAGGAAAAAGUGCCAAAAUAAUCGAUUUCAAAAAGGUUUGUAGAAGGUUCAGACUGGUUUUACACCUUUUAGGUUUAGGUUUUUCACAGAUAUGUCCGACUUUCACCGGUUUGAAGCAGUCUCUGUAUUUUUUCCUCUCGCUGGUGCAAUAAUAGAGAAAUGAAAAUAGUUCGUGAAAACGAGAAAUUUGCCUAAAAAAGAGGGCGCAGAGAUAUCAAUCAUCAAUCGAACAUUUCAUAAAAUUUUCAAAACGUGAAAACAAAACGUAGCACAUUUUCAGAUAAAAAUUUCGACUUCUUUCUCAAACAAUUUCCCAUCUUUUCUUGAUUCUAAAUGCUCAUAAAAGCUUCUACACGAACCCUCCGACUAAUUUUCUCAAGGAAAGUUUUUUUUUAGAAUUUUCCAUUUUCAUGUACCUUCUCCCGUUUAAGUCCUUGAAUUACAUCAAACUUUUACUUCAUCGUCAGAUCCACCUUUUAGAUAGAUUAACUUCAUAGAAAAGAUCAAGUAAAUAAAUAUUGGGAGCUCCGAAGGGCGGUCGACAAAGGCUGCAUCUGGAGGCGCCGUCGGAUGACGAAUCGUUGGUGGUUUGGCAACACGGCUGAUAGACGCCGACAGACACACAGACACCACGAUUUACGACGUUUCGUCGCUCCGCUCAGGUCUCCGUUGCAGUUUCCAAGUCGCUGCCGUCUCGUCGGCCUUCAUCAUUUUCUAUUAUUUACUGUAUAUCAAGCGAACGGCUGUACUUUCCAGGCUUCCGCGAGCCUUUCAAAGUUCUCUGGCUACUGAUCAUCCUUUUCGCGUGUCUUCUCCAUUUUUUGAUUUUUUCCCUCGUCGAAAAUGGGAAAAAUUACCACGCACACCUUCCUUUGUGUUUCUCCAGACAUAAAGGGCUCAUUUCGUUUUCUUUCUGCUCAGGUUUGUGUGAGGUCCACCAGGUUUCAUCAGAAACAAGACAGUAGAUAAUGGCAAAUCAAUUCGAAAUGGGGCCUACUAUUGACUUCUUGAUUACAUUUAUUCUUUUAUGGUCCGGAUGAACUGAUGUUUCAUAUACCACGCUGUAAAGUUUUAUUCAGUGAGUUUUUUUCCUAUGUUCAUUCACAAAAAAGUAUAGUAUACAACUUUGAGAACAAUUUGCCUUGAAUCACUGAUAUUUUGGAAAUAGCGAGAUAACAAGCUUCAGAACGUUCUGACUCGUUCUGAGCAACAACAAACAAAUGAAAAAUAAAAAUUAAAAAUUAAAAAGUAAAACAAAACAAGCAAAAAAAGAAUCGAGAGAUUCUCAGUAGUGAAAAAUUCAGACACAGUUCUCGCGUCUGUGUAUCUGCCACGUGCAUAAAUCGUCCCUAUUUAUGUUUUUAUGAAUUUCUCCUCUUUAUCUGAUAGUUUACAAAUGGUCGCUAGAAGCGGAGUUUCUUAGAAACCGCUUGCGAUAUCUAAAAUAGCGACUUUGUGAAGUAAAGACUUUUCAUAACAGACGUAUUUCCUUGUUUGUUUUUUUUUUCUGUCAUACAGGAGGAGAAUCAGCGGAAUGAAUAAGAAAAUAAUGUUAUUUUUGGAUUCGAACCCGAUAAUUAGAAAAGAGUUGAAGUGAUAGGAUCGGGGAGACACGUGUCGACGGCGUCGUGCCGAUAACGACGAUAGCCAUCGUCUUCUGA